AUGGCUUCUAGACCUGCUACCUUCCGACUAUUCUGGCACAGGUGCACCGGGCCUUCGGUGCGAGAUGUUUGCCAGAAAGAUCUCUCCUCUACAUGGCGCUCAUUUGUGACGAGCACCGCACGAGCGGCGCGUCCAGCAAAGACAUCCCCACGAAACGCUAUCCCAGGCUCGAACGUUCCAGCAGGAUCAGUAGGACGGUUGGCGCUAAAAGUUGCAAGAGAAGGCGACGUUGUUCUCUUCCGGUCACCCUCUCAUCGCACCUACAUUAUCAGCGCAUACGGCCUGUCAGCAUUUUGUUUUGCGUACGCCCUGUUUAACUCCAACGACGUCUUCCGUGAUGCAAAAUUAGAGCGCCCUAUGUGGCAGAAGGGGCUAUUCGGCGGUAUUUGUGUGACAAUGAGUGUCAUGGGAACCCUGUUCCUCGUGAGGACGGGCCAUUUGGUUCGGAGUAUCACGGCCGUCAAGGCCAACAACCAGCCUCAUAUUCGCUUUGCGGUCCGACGAAUGAUCCCAUUCACAAAACCCUACCACUUUGAGGUCCUGCCGUCGCAGGUCGCCAUCUCUCGUCGACUAGUGAUCUCGCCGGAUUCAAGACAGCGGUUUGAGGGGGAUAGCAAAAAGAUUGGCUCGGCACAGGACUCGAAGCUGGGUUUCUUCAAAGCACCCGUCCAAACAACGAGUGUUGGUCUUUGGAAAAUGUUCAUGUCUAUGCGACAAAUCUUCACUGGUGAGGAUUUUAUUCUCUUGAAAGUCGAGGGCCGCAAGCAAACUUUCCGGGUGGAUUCCAAUGGGUAUGUGGCGGGUGACUUUAUGGCUCUUGGGAACCCAGUCAAGUUCGAGAGGUCUUGA